UAAGAACAAAAUGGGAUGGUGUGAAGCGUUAUUAAAUAAUUAAUAAAUAAAUCACGAACUAAUAUCGUACUCUACAGUGACUUUAUCAGUUACCUAUCAUCAGGUACCAUACAGGUGGGUCAGUCAAAGAAUUUAAUUGCCGUCUAUUUCGUACCUUGUGAAUAGGUACGAAAUGGCACUAUAUACCUAAUUAAAUUAAAUUCCUUGACCGUACCUACGUGAUACAUCAAUGAGAAAAUUUACACACCAUGGCCAAAACGGACGUUUUCACCAUACACAAUUUGAUCAUUCGCCGAAGACAUCACAGAAAAAUAACAAAACCACCAUAUGUUACGAGUUAUCAUUACAACAUGCCGAAUUAACCUCUCGAGCUCAAGGCAUCAGAGAUGACGGGCUGGGAGCAAGCCACAAUGGGUUGCAUCAGCUCAUAGGAACCGCUUCCGCUCCGACACCACCCUAAUUCACAACACAAAUUGUAUCUUAUGCGAGACCUUCCAAUAUAACUUGACAUUAACACAAGUACCAGCUAAGUACGCGUCGGCGAUUACGGUUAUACUGGUUCAUUAAAGGUAAAGCGAUCGGUGAGCGUUAUAAAUCCAGUUCAGACCUCGCCGUGAGUGGGAGAUGCGUUUUAGUAUAUAACGCACGACCACCGACCCCUAGGCAAGCACUCAUCGUGCAGCUUCAAGCAUGAAGGUAUUCGUGUGCUUGUUGGCUUUGGCCGUGGCGGCGCGCGCCGGCUCUCUUGGCUGGUCCAGCGGCGGCGGUGGCGGCUACGGCGGCGGCAGCAGCGGUUGGUCGAGCGGCGGCGGUGGCGGCGGUUGGUCGAGCGGUGGCGGCGGCGGCGGCUGGUCGAGCGGUGGCGGCGGUGGGUACGGCGGUGGCGGCGGUGGCGGCGGCGGCCACGGCGGUGGUGGACAAGUGAAGAUCAUUAAAAUCAUCACCACCGGCGGCGGCGGAGGCGGCGGCGGCGGCUGGAAGAGCGGCGGCGGCGGUGGCGGCUUCUCCGGUUGGCCCAGCGGUGGCUCCUCCGGUUGGUCGAGCGGUGGAUCCUCCGGUUGGCCCAGCGGCGGCUCCUCCGGCUGGUCGAGCGGCGGCUAUGGUGGUGGAAGCGGCGGCUGGUCGCUCGGCGGUAGCGGUGGAGGAUGGAAAUCUGGUGGCGGCGGCGGCGGCGGCGGCUACGGCGGCGGCAGCAGCGGCUGGUCGCUCGGCGGUAGCGGCGGCGGAUGGAAAUCUGGCGGCGGCGGCGGCAGCGGUGGCUGGUCAUCAUGGUGAUCACAAUUCUUAGCUCAAUUAUCAACAAUACAUUAAUACUUUCAUAUAAA